UCCACCCAUCGCUUAGUUUUGUUCUCUGUCUGCCUCACUCACAAGAUGAGCGGGCGCGGUGGACGAAGGGUGGAGCUGAAGCUGAACGUGUCGGCGGCGGAGACGUCGCGGCGGCGGCGGUCGUCGUCGGUGUCGUCGUCGGAGCCGAGCUCGUGCUUGUCGUCGGAGCCGGAGAGUCCGCCGGCGGAGGCGAUGGUGCUGGCGGCGUGCCCGCGGUGCCUGAUGUACGUGAUGCAGUCGGAGAAGGACGAGCCCAAGUGCCCGAAGUGCAACCGCGACCUGCUCCUCGACUUCCUCGCCGGCAGCGGCGCGGCAAAGGCGGCCAACUAAUUAACUAGUUGAAUUGCUCGAUCUCGAUUGCAGCUUUAGUUUGAAUCGUUCUCAGUUUCUGUUUUCCCCUCUCUGCUUUUUGUUAGUUGAAGCUGAUCCAUGUGAAAUUUCCUUGC